CGGCGCACGGUGUGAACGGCAACUGCAGGCCGCAUCUGUCACUUGUCUAACUCCAGCCCAGUGCUCGCCCGGCGUUGGGUAGGGCGGCCCUAUAUUGGCUUGGUGGGUCCGCCUCUGCCUCACCCCGUCGCCCGUGCGCUGCGCUCACCCGCGCUGGCUGCCGCUCCGCUCCAGCCGCCGCUGCCAGAGGCGGGCGAGCAGGACUGAGGAGGCCCCGGAGGACCGCCGACUGACAGCUCGAGGUGUGGGGGACGCUACUUCUGCGGGCACUGCAUAGAUACCAGGUGUUGGCGGGCGCACGGCUGCGGCGAGCGCUGAACGGCGGAGCGGGGAGAGGCGGCGGCGACCCACGGAUAGCAACUUGUGGCCUAGGGCCCAGCAGGUGCUUCGAAGAUGCCACAGGUGAUGGUAGUGGCGAGGAACUUCAUGGACAUGGUGGCUGCGCUGCCUGCCGCCAAGCUUGACAUGCUCUAUGACUCCGCCUUCAUCUGUGAGGCUGUACUCAGGUCACUCCCUCCACUGGCGAAGAAGUAUGCACUGCAGAUGCUGUUCGUAUUGACACCGGUGGCCGCUGCAGCUAUGGAAGAGUGGGUGCUUGAUGAAUACGCCGCCAAGCACAGGGUCGCCAUUGAUAGGCUGCUCCAGCUCAGGGUCUUUCUUGAAGUGCAUGAUAGACGAAAGGAGGUGAGCUACAAGAUGAACCAAAAGUUCCAGGGUAACAUGCAGAAGUAUUUGGUUGAUGGUGGAAGUUUACCAAGGGAACCGAUACUAUCAAGUGUCACUGGUAGAUUGCCUGCUUCAGCUGAUCUAGAAGGCUAUGCUAUUGAGCAGUGGGAGUGCUUCUUGCUGCAAUUGAUCAACUCGUCUCAAGUCGAAAGGGGGACAAGUUUCAGCUCAUCCAUGAUGAAAACAUUUCAGCGAGGUCUUCUGAGUUCAAGGGAUGGUGAAGCUCCAAAGUUAACUGAGAAUGGCUUCCAAUUUCUUCUGAUGGAGACAAAUGCACAACUUUGGUACAUAAUGAGAGAAUACAUUUCAUCUGCAGAGGAACGUGGAGUGGACCCUACAGAGUUGAUAUCAUUUCUUUUGGAACUUAGUUUUCAUAAAUUGGGAGCGGCUUAUAGCUUGAAUACUCUGACUGAUGUCCAAAAAAUUGCCAUUAGGGAUCUUGCGGAGUUGGGAUUAGUCAAACUGCAGCAGGGUCGAAAGGAUAGCUGGUUCAUACCUACGAAAUUGGCCACAGAUCUCUCAGCAAGCUUGUCUGAUUCAUCAUCCAGCAAAGAGGGUUUUGUGGUUGUUGAGACAAACUUUAGAAUGUAUGCAUACUCUACGUCGAAAUUGCAUUGUGAAAUUCUACGCCUUUUUUCAAGGGUGGAGUAUCAACUUCCAAACCUCAUCGUGGGAGCUAUUACAAAAGAAAGUAUAUAUGGUGCUUUUGAGAAUGGAAUCACUGCUGAACAGAUAAUUUCAUUUCUUCAGCAAAAUGCUCAUCCUCGUGUUGCUGACAAGAUACCUACUGUCCCAGAGAAUGUGACAGAUCAGAUUAGACUGUGGGAAACCGACCGUAACAGGAUUGAGAUGAUCCCGUCACAUUUAUAUGAAGAUUUUCCUAGCAGGGAAUUAUUUGAACAAUGCUGUGAUCAUGCAAGGGACAGCGGAUACUUGCUAUGGGAGGACUCGAAGAAAAUGAAACUGAUCGUACGAGGGGAAUUCCACCCUGAAAUGAGGGAGUUCCUCCGCAGGCAAAGAUGAAAAAGACAUUGUACUUUUUCUGCGAUCCAACAUGUUGAUCCAAGAAAAGGACCAUUUGGAGGGAACAAGCAACAUAUGUGCACAAUGCUCCUCCAUCUGAAAGCCUUUACCAUACAGCUCUGUCUGUCAAUGUGGCGACGUGACGGAAAUGAAAUGUUAGAAACGCGGGCCACAUGAAGGUGUGCCUCCAUAUAUAUAUAUAUAUAUAUCGAAGAUGGAAAAGAAGACGCAAUUGCAUCUGCAGAUUCCAUUUGUUCUUGGGCGUUGGGCGUCUCUCUGUAGUAGUGUAGCUGCCUAAAUUUUCUGUAAUUUGGAAGUGAUGCGACAAAAUGAAUGGAAUAUGAUGAAGCUCAGAGUGAUCUCUGUUUGUUGUUAAUGAUUUUUCUUGACGAAUA